UGGUCAGCGCGGCUGCCAAUCAGGUGCGGCGGGCCCGCCCCCCGUCCCUCUCGUGAACGGCCCCUAGAAGCCGAGGCAAGCGGAGCUGCCACUCUGCGCGCGCCCACCCUGCUCCUCGGGACCGGCGCAGGUAGGGCCGCUGUUUAUGGUUGUCGUUCUCGGCCAACUUCUUCCCUCCCUCCUUCCUUCCCGCCGGCCGUGGGGAUCCGCUGCUGAGGCCAUGGCGGGGGUGCCCGGCGGACCGUAGCUCGGCCGCCGGCGGCAGAUUAGUUGAUAAACAAGUAUCUGUUUCCAAAAUGUUAUCCUGUAUUGGCUUCGAAGUCCCGAGGCUUGAGAGGCGAGUUUCCCGGGGGCAUUCAGCAGGGAGCCGCUGCAGACCUUCCCCUCUUGCUGGGUGCUUUGGAAAAGUCUCUGCUUUCUUGAAAAGGGACACCGGGAGCAAGUGGUUGUAGCUUCAUUCCUUGACUUUCAUUGAUUAAUCAUAGAGUUCAGAAUGAUCCUUCACUCUACUUAAUUUCAACAGGGCUUAUCUAACACCAGACUGCUGUGAGGUUGUCAGGUUUUGCCUGAUGGAAUUGCUCAGACUUCCACUUCUCUAAGAGGAGAUUUGAAUUCUUAAGAAACUUGGUACUCGGAGACCACCCGCUCACUAGUUGAAAACUGAAUCUAUGGCAGGUAUAGAAGCUGUUUCUGUGUGCUACUGAAGAGCCUUUAGGAGAACUCUUCCCUGCUCACUUGAACAUAGAAGAAAAUACAGUGACAGAAGUAAUUCUCAUUCCUCAGCCCUUGAAUUCCAAUGAGAUGCAGAUCAUGCGUUGGGUAAAGGAUAAGUCCUGCAUUUCUCUCAGGAGUCUUCCGAUACAUUUCCUUAAUGCCCUUUUAACAGUGUUCUAACUGAGUUUGUGAAACAAAUUGUCUUGAAUCAUGAAUGAAGAAAAGAGCCUUAGUGCAUCCCAGAAAAUGUUGUCUCCUUCAAGGAGUACGAGCAGCUGCUCCUCCAAGCAAGGAAGUCGUCAGCAGGACAGCUGGGAAAUUGUCGAAGGACUCCGGGGAGCAAUGAAUUGUACCCAAGAACCACAGAAGCAAGAAGGCUGCUUGCUGAAAAAGAGGAAAUGGCCUUUGAAAGGCUGGCACAAGAGAUACUUCUUUUUGGACAGAGGGAUUUUGAAAUAUUCUAAAUGCAAAGCUGACAUAGAAAGAGGGAAGCUUCAUGGCUGUAUUGAUGUUGGACUUUCUGUGAUGUCUGUAAAGAAAUCAACAAAAUGUAUAGAUUUGGAUACAGAAGAGCAGAUAUACCAUCUGAAGGUGAAAUCUCAGGAAUUGUUUGACGAGUGGGUAGCAAAACUUCGUCAUCACAGAAUGUAUCGUCAGAACGAAAUCUCCAUGUUUCCCCAUGAUGUCAGUAAUCUUUUCUUCCCUGUGUCUUCUACUGCGGAUUCUGUCCCUAGUGUGUGUGAUUCUGCACCAAGUAGAAAGGCAGGCAGCUUGACCAAACAAAACUCCUUGUCAGCUGGAGGUAGCCUGUCAUUUUCCUAUUCAAGUAAUGAAUCCCGGAUUCCAUUUUGGCUACAGUCUUCUGAAGACAUGGAAAAAUGCUCAAGGGACCUCUCCCACUGUCACACCUAUUUACUGGAAAUGAACCAGCUGUUACAGAGUAUGGAUGUUCUUCACAGGACAUAUUCAGCGCCUGCUAUAAAUGCUAUACAGGUUGGACCUUUUGAAAGCCCAAAAAAGGAAAAAAGAACACAUAGGAGGUGGCGAUCCAGAGUGGUUGGGAAAGAGACUAAAGGAAUGUUGCAGGUGCCUUCAGUAUUUUCUGCCCCGAUGAGACUGCAUGCUUCCAAUCCUAACUUAUCUACUAUAGAUUUUGUAGAGGAGAAAAAUUACUCUGAUGGCUCUGAAACAUCAUCAGAAUUUACUAAAAUGCAAGAAGACUUAUUUCACAUUGCACAUAAAGUUUACUUCACCUUGAAGUCGGCUUUCGGCACCAUAUCUACAGAGAGAGAGAAGCUGAAGCAGAUGCUGGAACAUGAUGCGUCCUUGUCUCCAUCUGCACAAAUAGUUGGCUUGAAGAACGCCUUAACAUCUGCAAUAGCACAAAACACAGAUCUUAAAGACCGGUUACGCAGAAUACAUGCCGAAUCUAUGAUCCUUGAUUCAGCAUCUAAUGCAAAAUCAAGUCCAGAUUUGGUGAAGGAAAAUUCAAGAGAAGAAAGCAGAGGUCUGGUUCACCAGAUCUCCAAUGAAAGCAGACUGUCUAUUGCUGACUCUCUCACAGAAUUUUUUGAUGCACAGGAAGUCCUGCUGUCCGCAAGCUCUUCAGAAAAUGAGGUAUCAGAUGAUGAUUCAUAUGUAAGUGAUAUCAGUGACAACGUCUCAGAAGAUAACCUAAGCAAUGACAUGGAGAAUGAAAGGCAAACCUUAGACUGUAUUUCUGAAAGUGGAAUUGGAUGCCAUUCUAAACGGAGAACAUGUUUACCAGCUCCAUGUCCUAAUACUAGUAACAUCAGCCUAUGGAAUAUCCUGAGAAAUAACAUAGGAAAGGAUCUCUCCAAAGUGGCCAUGCCUGUUGAACUAAAUGAGCCACUUAACACCCUUCAGCGUCUCUGCGAAGAACUGGAAUACAGUGAACUGCUAGAUAAAGCAGCGAAUACACCUGAUGCAUUUGAAAGGAUGGUGUACAUAGCUGCGUUUGCAGUAUCUGCCUAUGCCUCCAGUUACUACCGAGCUGGAAGUAAGCCAUUUAAUCCUGUGCUUGGGGAAACCUAUGAAUGUAUUCGUGAAGAUAAGGGUUUCCAAUUUUUUGCAGAACAGGUCAGUCACCACCCACCUAUUUCUGCAUGCCAUGCUGAAUCUGUGAAUUUUGCUAUUUGGCAAGAUGUAAGGUGGAAAAACAAAUUCUGGGGAAAGUCCAUGGAAAUUGUUCCAGUUGGUACAACACAUGUAACUCUGCCAGCUUUUGGAGACCAUUAUGAGUGGAACAAGGUGACAUCUUGCAUCCAUAACAUCUUAAGUGGGCAAAGAUGGAUUGAACACUAUGGAGAGAUCAUCAUCAAAAAUCUUAACGAUGACACUUGUCACUGCAAACUGACUUUCAUAAAGGCAAAAUACUGGAAUCCAAAUGCACAUGAGAUUGAAGGUAGUGUCAUGGAUAAAACUGGGAAAGUUGUGCAUCGAAUUUUUGGGAAAUGGCAUGAAAGUUUAUACUGUGGGACUUCAUCCUCUUCAAACUGCAUAUGGAGAGCAAAUCCCAUGCCUAAAGAUUAUGAACAGUGGUAUGGAUUUACUCAGUUUGCUUUAGAGCUAAAUGAACUGGACCUGCAAACCAGACCAUUACUACCAUCCACUGAUACGCGUUUUAGGCCAGACCAAAGGUUUCUAGAAGAAGGGAAUAUCGAAGGCGCUGAAAUGCAAAAGCAGAGAAUUGAGCAGCUACAGAGAGAACAACGGAAGGUUCUGGAAGAAAACAAUCUGGAGCAUCAGCCUAGAUUUUUCAGGAAAUCCAAAGAUGACUCCUGGGUGAGCAAUGGAACCUACAUGGACCUUAGAAAAGAACCUGGUUUUUCCAAACUGGACAAUCCUGUCCUCUGGUGAAAGAGGAACCAAGUGAAGAUACUCUAUGCUGUGUUCUCAGAUCUGACUUAAAAGAAGUAUAUAUAAAACAUAUAUUAAUAUACAUAUAUAUAUAUAUAUAUUAUAUGCGCACACACAUAUAAUAUGUGUGUGGGGGGUGUAUGUGUUUAAAUGUGCGUAUUUCCAGAAUUGUGCUUAAUUUAGAAUCUGAUACUGCAUUUGUUUUCUCUACUCUGACUAUUGCAAUGAUUGAUUGAAUGUAUAAAUAGCCUAACUUCUUUUUAUAAACUAUUUAAUAAAUAUUACUGAAUGUUAAUGACUGGAGGGAUAAGAGGACCUUUUACACUACUUUUUCCAAUGUGUAAUAACGUCAGUUCUGAGUUAACUUAUGCCUUACUGAAUUGCACUGGAGACAAUAACAUCAGCAUCUCCUAGCUAUGCUGAGAGAAAGCAGAGUGGAAGCCUGAGUAACUCAAACUGCAGGCAGGCUACCACAGCUCAGAGAGGAGUGUAGCUGUCUCUGGGCUAGUCGAAAUUGCUGAAACAGAGAUUUUCAGUUGGUGCUGGAAUCUGAAUACGAUCCUGUGUUGCCUGUGGAAAAGAUUUAAAUAAGCUUUUGUUUUUAUUAACUUUCUUACUGGUAUUAUGGAACAGGUAGUUCUGAGCUGAUUACAUCAGUGAUUCUACUGCCUUACACAUAAACUGUACCCAGCUAAAUGUAGUGCUAGGAAUCCAGGAAUCGCCAAAAUUUUCCACUAGGAAUCUUCAGAUUUCUAGCCCCCAAUAGGGCAAGAGGAGGAGAUCUUUUCUUAUGUAAUGCUUGAGCGCUGAAUAGAUGAAGAAGCUCUCUCUUUUUUUCAGUAAGUAAAAUCUAUACAGAGCACGAAAUCCUGUGCUUCCAUAGCUUCAUUUGUUUUUAUUAAACUAAAAAUCGCAGCAGUAAGACUUUUUAAAGACUAAGCAAGCUGAUUGUUUUAAGCUAGAAAUUUUUUUUGUAGUAUUUUGAUAUUUUCUACCUCUUAAGAAAUGAACAGCAUAUGUAAGAUCUUAUAUUUAAAAAAAAGAGACCAUCUGCCUUAUAGAGAAAUGUAUGGAAUCUUUGAUCUUCCUCUGUCUGUUAUGUUCAGAUAAAUAUUCAAGUGUCUUGCACUAAAUUGGUUGCAUCUCUUUCCUGUAAUUUUAUACAUGUGGAUAGAUUUGUGAAAUACUAAAUAGGUCAAAAUUAUAGCAGGAAACAGAUGUAGCAGAAGUCGCACUUUUGAGUGAAGAUAAUGGAGAUGGGCAGUGUUCUUGUUUUUCCUUCAGACAGCAAUGCUGCAGUAAUUCACAUAAUAGAAUAAUAUACAUUCCUGCCUAUCUGCAACUCAAGCCUAGCUUGUGAUUCUUCGUCUGCUCUACAUGUCUGUGACUCUGGCAACAACAGAGUUUUCAAGUUUAAAAAAUAUAUAUCCUGUCAUCACCACCACCAACAACCCCUUUUGUUUUUCUUAUGUGUAUCAUGCCACAUUAGUAAUACAAAAUAAACCAUACCCGUGAUAAACGUUGUUGCCAUGUUUAACUGGCCUGGGACUGGAAUAAUUGGACAUUGUAUGGAUAAGGGAGCCUCCUAGAGGAACGAGUAGCUUAGAGAAGUUUACAGUUCAUCAUGUGCUGUACCGUUCUAAAAAUGAAUCCAUGUAUUGUAUGUAACAUGAAAGAAAUACUAUGAAUGCUUUCAUUUUAAACCACAUCUGUGAUGUUAGAUUAAAUAUACAUAUAUUUGCAUUUUGCUUCCUGUUACCUUGAAACUCCAUUGUCUUAGAAGCAGACAAGUGCUCUGUCACCUUUAUUUGCUUUACCCAGGAAUUCUGCAUCACUGUCACUUCUGUAAUUUAUUAGCAAAGCAAAAGUUAAAAGACAAAUUAAAGAAUUAUGUUCAAGACCCAACUAGGAAGCCAGCAGCUUACAACGAUGCAGGGUUCAAGUCAAUAUGAAGACAAAAUUUGGGCUUUAACUCCAAAGGAAAUCUGAACCUCUGGGGACCGUUUAGCUUUCUGAGGAAAGUGGGGAUCUCUUCAUAGCUUGAUCCCUUGUUGCAUUUUAUUUUUGUAUUAACUAUCAAAACUUGGCACAGACAUAAGCUGAUAUUUGUAAUUAGCCUUGCUGUUGGUAAUUACUAUUUAAACUCAAAAUAAUAUUCACUUAACAACAGAAGAGGGUAGAGAGGUUUUUUUUAAGUUUUUAAGAAAGGGAGUAAAAUCUGUGGAGGAAUAUAGGAUGUGUUAAACUUACUCAUUGUCCUAUUUGGCAGCUAUUGUUGUUGUCUGAUCUGACUACUGUUUUAUUAUUUUUGAUAUAUGAAAUGGAUUUCCCCAUACACUUUGUUAUAUGACCUAAUAGUUAAUGGUAUCCAAAAUUAAAGGGUCAGAGGCAAAAAGCAAAGUUAGAGUUGUAAGAGUUGUAAUGCAUUAAAAACUGCAGGUGUUAAACUAAUCUCAUUAUUUUCAGUGUUUGAGUUAUGAUUUUUGAGAACUCAGGCUGGCAAUGUUGCCUUGUAUCUUACAGUCUAAAUAAGUGUCUAAAAUGCAUUUCGGUAAUGACAAGAAGCAUUGGGCUGGGAAGGGUCUUAUAUAAAACUGUUUUCUUUGGCAACGUUCCCAGAUUAGGAAGGAGAACCGUUCAAGUUUUUACUAUCAUCCCCAGUAAAGUAAUGCCUGAGAAGAAUCCAGGGUAUUUCCUAGAUACUCAAAGCAAAAUCAUUGCACAGGUAAUAGCUUCUCUUGUAGAACUGUGCUACACACCUGCCAGCCAGGUAUAACCAGUUGUGAACGAUGCUCUGACCCCACAUUUCCAAUGCCAGUAUAGCUGUCCCUGGUUAAUUUGGUAUGAAAGAGUUGGUUUUAGCUGUUCAACUUUUGUCAACGGUAUGUUAAGAAAUGGAAGAAAAUUGUCUUGAUGUUAUUUCUGUGUAUGUAUACAAAUAUAUUCAUCAUUCAGAAAACAGUAUCCUCUAUACAGUUAUUCUUGGUAAAAUAAAAAGUUGUACAAAUUUUUUUACUUCA